GCAUUAAAUACUCUAUUUAUAUUCACAAUGAGGAAAAGCUCAUAAGAAAAGAAACAGAAAUAUUUAGGCAGCAUUAGGAACAGGAACGUUUGUUGAGUGAGUGAGCAUGGCCACGACUUCGGCGUCGUCGGAGGAACUGACGCUGAAAGUGAAAUGGAGCGGCAACGAGUACACCGUCCGCGUCUGCGGCGACGACACGGUGGGCGAACUCAAGCGCCGAAUCUGCCAACUCACCAACGUCUUACCCCUUCGCCAGAAGCUUCUUUACCCUAAACUGGCUUCCAAACUCAACGACGACUCCCUCUUCCUCUCUCAGCUCCCUCUCAACUCCUCUCUCAAAAUGACCAUGAUCGGGACCACGGAAGAGGACUUGCUGGUGGAUCCGGUGGACUCCCCCGAGAUCCUCGACGAUUUGGAGCUUCCUAAGGACGAAGCUGUUGACAUCAAGGAUAUGGAAGUCAAUAAGCUCAAAUUGACCAGACGGAUCCAUCAAAUCAAGAUUGAGCUUCGAAAUCCGUGUCGCCAAGGGAAGAAACUGCUUGUGCUGGAUAUUGAUUACACUCUCUUCGAUCACCGCUCCACCGCCGAGAAUCCUCUUCAACUCAUGAGACCUUACCUUCAUGAGUUUCUUACUUCAGUUUAUGCUGAGUAUGAUAUUAUGAUAUGGUCUGCAACCAGCAUGAAGUGGAUUAACCUCAAGAUGGGACAACUUGGGGUUCUGGAUAAUCCUAACUACAAAAUCACCGCCCUUCUUGACCAUAUGGCAAUGAUCACUGUUCAGUCGCCAUCUCGUGGGGUCUUUGAUUGCAAGCCUCUUGGUUUGAUCUGGGCUCAGUUCCCUGAGUUCUACAAUGCUUCAAAUACCAUCAUGUUUGAUGACCUUCGAAGAAAUUUUGUGAUGAACCCACAGAAUGGUUUGACAAUUAAACCAUUCAGGAAGGCUCAUGCUAACCGGGAUAGUGACCAGGAGCUUGUGAAACUCACCCAGUAUUUGCUAGCCAUUGCAGAACUCGACGAUUUGAGCAACCUUGAUCAUCAUAAUUGGGAGUUGUUUACUGACGACAAUGCUAAAAGGCGUAGGCAUAGAUAAAUGAUAAUUGAAUGCAAUAACGGGAAUCUGGUAAGCAAAACCCAGCUUCUAGACUUCUAAAAUUAUGCAGUUGUAUAAGAGAAAUGUUCGGCCAGAAGAUUUCAGAUUUUUGUAUGAAGUAUUUAUGUUAGGACAGGGAUGACAAAAAGUAAAGGAUUUCUUGUAGCAGCUGCAUGGAGUUAUCUAAGAUGGCUAAAAUUGCUUAUGCAAUUUUUAUCCACCAAUUCCUGAACUGAAUUUGAUUUAAUGCAUGAGAAAAUUCCAUCCUUCAUAAUUUUUCUAGAAAUGGGUAUAAAGCAUGGAUAAAUUGCAAAAUUGGAAUGAUUAA